CUGUGCACUGCCCCUCCAAACAAGCACUCGACCCGUCUGAUCUCCAAGACUUGCUGCAGGCAUUCCGCAAGAAAGACGUCCCCAGGAUACCUCCUGUCGUCAAGCUAAUCCGCUAGGAGCCCAGACGAAGCGUGGUUGCCUCAGGAAGACCUCAUGCGCCCUCAAUAACACGCAAUUGAGCCGAGUGCAGCCCGCAUUCUCCCUUUCUCUCUCGGUCUCGCUCUGUGUUCCCUUAAGCAGGUGCCCAGAAUGGCGAUGGUAAUGGGUGCACGUCGGCGUCGCGCGGAUUCCUUCCAGACGGAGUCGUUCCGAAUACACGAAGAUGCUCCCUCCACUGAGGAUACCGAGAUGAACGAGAGCGCGCUGCGGGACGAUGACGAAGUGGAGCAAGAUGGCGAGCCCGCAGACGAUGAUGGCGAGGAGUCCCGGUCCUCGGGGAGCUCAGAAGAGGAAUUCACAGACGACAGCCAUAUUCAGCAGGACAUGGAGAGGUUGCAGAAUUGCUUCGAGGGUUUCCGGAACAAAUACCGGUUGAUUAAACGCAUAGGCGAAGGCACGUUCUCUACCGUCUACAAAGCCGAAGAUUUGCUAUAUGAUAGGUACGACAACUCGUGGGAUCUGGAAAAGGAGACAGAAAAAUGGACGCCACCCCCAUUAAAGAGCUUCGCAAGCGAAUCCAGUACAUCACUCGACUACCCGUCCCAAUCACACCGUCGCCGCAAACCCAAAUACGUCGCUAUCAAGAAAAUCUACGUGACUUCCUCUCCAAGCCGUAUCUUCAACGAGCUGGAUCUUCUGCAUGACCUGCGAGGUUGCGACUCGGUAUGCCCUUUGAUCACAGCGUUUCGCUGGACCGACCAGGUCAUUGCCAUCCUUCCUUACUUUCGCCAUUCGGACUUCCGCGACUACUUUCGCAAGAUGACGGUCCUUGACAUCGCCAUCUAUCUGCGGUCACUUUUCACGGCGCUCGCGAGCGUGCACUCGCACAACAUCAUCCACCGCGACAUCAAACCGACCAAUUUCCUCUAUGACCCUACCUCGCGCCGAGGCGUCCUAGUCGACUUUGGUCUGGCGGAGCGCGAGGGCUACGACACCAAGCCAUGCGUGUGCCAUGAGGAACCGGCAGCGCGGAAAAGGAAGCUCCGGCCGCUGAUCACCGGACCGAAAGGCGGGAUGCCGCGGGAGGACACGCGCCCAUCGCGCAGGGCGAACCGCGCCGGCACGCGAGGUUUCCGUGCGCCCGAGGUCCUGUUCAAGUGCACCGAGCAGACGACCAAGAUUGACAUCUGGAGCGCCGGCGUCAUCCUCUUAACCAUCCUGUCGCGGCGGUUCCCCUUCUUCAACUCGGCAGACGACGUCGAGGCCAUGAUCGAGAUCGCUACAAUUUUCGGGCGGGACCGGAUGCAGAUGGCCGCCGUGCUGCACGGCUGCAUGCUGGAGACUACAAUCCCGACCAUUCCCCGGUCCGGGUUCACUUUCGAGGGGAUUAUCGCGUGGAGCACUGACCGGAGCGGAAAGGGACAGAAACUCCCUGAUGACGAGAAACUGGCUAUCGAGUUCCUCUCAAGGUGCAUGGAGUUAGAUCCGAGCAAGCGGCUCAGCGCCGAGCAGGCACUAGAGCACGAGUUCCUGCGCAUGGGGCUGGACGAAUCCGUCGAGGGGUCCAGCGACCCGGGUUAUGACGACGAGGAUGAGAUUAACAUUCUCAAAGUAGAACCGGAAAAUUAAUGGAGUGGUAUUAGGAGAAGAUCAAGUCUAUGGUAUUACAUGUUUGCUAUAGAAGCGGAGUCCGGCGCAGGUAAUCAUGAAUGGUAAUCGUUGUAAUCCGUAUUAGAGCCUCACGUGACCGUCUCGGUCUCGACCUAUGUCCUAGUCUUGUCUCCAACCAUCUGAAUAUGUAGAAAUCAUUUCUCAAAA